AUGGUUCGAUUGACAAUAACACCCGUCAUCGCCGAAGGUCGGCAGAGGCUGGCUGAGGUCAGAUUCAGACGGGAUAUCGCGGAAGCAUCGAAGGACACAGAGCAAGCCCCGACGUCAGAUGCUGCCCUCCAGUGCACAGCGACAACGAAAGCCGAAGAGCCGAAUCCUCCCGAUGCCGUGGUCGCCGACCCCAUCACGCAUGACCAGAUACUGGAACUGUGGAAGAACUUGAAGACGGAGGGCAUCGAAGACUUCAGUCUGGAGGGGUUGCUACGGGGCGCCAGGGUGUACAUACCCCCGCCACCUCCAAAGCCGGAGCCGUCUGCCGAGUACAAAGCCCUAAUGGCCCGCCUGCGACGCGAGGAAGAGGAACGAACGUACCAGCGCAUGCUCAAGCAACCGUCUCGGAUGGAGGCCUUUUCCCAACAGUUCCCCAGCGCUGCCGCCCGAACACAAGCUUUUGCCGAAGUAAACCGCCCCAUGCGCGAAGCAGACAAUGGUGAUGACGAGGUGACGCUUGGAGACGUGCAAAAGCAGAUGAUGGUCAUCCUCAACUUCCUCAUAAGCAUCAUUGGCGUCGCUGCCACCAUCUGGAUUGCGGCCCGAUGGUGGAACGUAACUGCCCGGAUAUUUUUGACGCUCGGGGGCGCCAUUCUCGUCUUGAUAGCAGAGGUCGCCGUGUACUCUGGUUAUGUCUGGAGGAUAGGGGAAGCCAAGUCGAAGAACAAGGAACCAGAGGAAAUCAGAGAGGUAAUGCAUUCGUGGGUGCUGGGUAAGGAUAACAACGACACCCACUACCUUGGCUGGAGGCAUGGACCAAAUAAUAGUCUCGAGGUACGCGUUCACAUGGCUUUUGAACCUCCGUCAAUGUUGCUCACCACGCACCGCAGCCCACGUUCUGGAUCCGAUUCCACUAGGACAACAACAGCCGAUAAAAGGUAUAGAACCUACGACGUGCAUCAAUCUCAGCCUGAAUUGACACUUGGCAGACGAACUCUCAGAACCUACAGCAAGCGAUCGCGCGCAACCGAUGACGACGCUGGCCUACUACCUUUCAAGAAGCGGAAAGCCGAUGUAGAAUCGGCGACACGGUCCCCAGACAUUCCACGGCUUCCUCCCGCUCAACCCGCGCCGCCACCGAGCAGCAUACCCAAGAGUUCAAUCCUAAGCUACUUCAAGCCCUGCCGGUCAAGCUCGGGUACGGAGGCGUCUGACCCAUUGUCCGACUCUGAAAAGCUGCUCAACACCCCACCUUCAUCGCCUCCCCUCUUCAGGAAGAUUAAGGAACCUCGGCGUCUGAGGCUGCGACCUAGCACGCCUCUGUCGCAUGCGUUGGACACUCUAGAGGUUGCGAAGGACGGAAAAGAUGGAGGUGACGUCGCUGUUCAACAAACAGCACAAGGCACUCGUAGGACAAGAUCACGAGGUGGCAUAGAGCUGCAAGAUGUCGACAAAAACAAGCUCAACAAACUCGCCGACCUCGAGAAGACCAAACCCCAGCCUACCCUGAAGAAAGUUUCCGCACGAUCAAAACCUGUUCCGACUGUCCAGACGACUAUCAACCUUUCUUCGAAACCUACUUUUAUGGAGUGCAAGACGUGCCGGAUAGUGUACAACCCGCUGCACCCGGCAGACGUCAAAUAUCACUCUCAACGGCAUGCGGCUUUCCUUAGGGGUAGGGCGAAAGCAUGA